GUGUCUCUCUGUCUUUCUCAGGCUUUGGAUUACUGCCACAGUAUGGGAAUUAUGCACAGAGAUGUGAAGCCACACAACGUAAUGAUCGACCAUGAACACAGAAAGCUGCGUCUGAUAGACUGGGGCUUAGCAGAGUUUUAUCACCCUAGUCAGGAGUACAACGUCAGGGUGGCGUCUCGAUAUUUCAAAGGACCUGAACUGCUGGUGGACUAUCAGAUGUAUGACUACAGUUUAGACAUGUGGAGCUUAGGCUGCAUGUUGGCGAGUAUGAUCUUUCGGAAAGAGCCUUUUUUCCAUGGACAUGACAACUAUGAUCAGCUUGUACGGAUUGCCAAAGUUCUGGGCACAGAGGACCUCUACGACUACAUCGACAAAUACAACAUUGAGCUCGACCCACGGUUCAAUGACAUUUUGGGAAGACAUUCCCGGAAAAGGUGGGAACGGUUUGUCCACAGUGAGAACCAGCACCUGGUCAGUACCGAAGCUCUGGACUUCCUGGACAAACUGUUGCGCUAUGACCACCAAGCUCGUCUCACCGCGCGUGAGGCCAUGGAGCACCCUUAUUUCUAUCCCAUUGUGAAGGACCAGGCGAGGAUGGGUUCCACCUCAGGACUGUCCACUGGCUCCACUCCAGUCAGCACGUCCAGUAUGAUCACAGGAGGCAUCACAUCCAUGUCCUCGUCCCAGCCGAUGGCCAACAUCGCAGGUUCUCCUGUCAUCUCCUCUCCCAGUGCUCUAGCCACACAGGUUACUGCAGCCACUGGUGCCCAGCCCUGAACAGACUCACUCAUGCUCUCUCUGCCCAUGGCCACAUUUUUAUGUUGAGUGUAAACAAACGAAAGAGAGACUAAAUUAGGUUUCUUUUUUUUUUUUUUUCCUUUUCUUUUUCCAUACAAUAAUUAUAUAUUGAAGCUCGGACACACAGCAGACAGUUGUUAUGUUGUGUCAGUGUCCGGCAGUCUUUCCUGAUGAUGGUGUCUAUAUAGAAGCCACUACAGUAGAAAUUUAGAAAAA